CUUCUGUCUCUCCGUGCUUGGGUGCAAGCGAUGUUCUCUGUGCUGGCUGGGGUCCUUGCAUCAGCUCAGCUCAGCUGCAAAGCUUGCUGGAGGGCACUGUCUGCCCCUGGCUCUUACACAGAGCACAGGUUCUAACGCAUGGCUUCGGAAGGCGGACACCCCCAUUGCACAUUCUCUAGCAAAACAAACGCAUACCAAACCCCCACCCCGCCCAGCAACACCCUCCUGGGCUCAGCGCAUCCCAAGAACCCAAAGCUGGCAGGCAGGACAAGCAUCCCACAGUGCGGCCCCCACCACACUGCACCCUGUGGUCUUCGAUUUGCCACCUUUCUAACAGCCGGCAGUCACCAACUUCCAGCCAGCGCUGGAAGCCGCCCACUAACAGAAGAUGGUAACUGUGUGGAGAGAUUUUUUUGCAAGAAGCCUCUGAUACACCUCUGUUCUUGCCCCGGCUGGAAGUCAGAGAAGGGAGCAACGUGCUCCAAGACACUCUCCACCGCUCGGUGGAGUUGGCCAAACAUUUACAAAGAGAUAGCUGUGAUCGCACAAAGCUCCCUUUUCUUCUAUUCUGCGAUCGAAAAUCUGGUUCCCGCGUGGAGACCCGGCAUCCCGCCGCCCAUUUGCCCAGGAACCCAGGUCUGGACUGCCAGCCAGAAGCCCCAGGCCCCGGGGCUUCCCGGGUCCCAGCCCCGCUGCACCCAUGGGGCUGGCCGGCCGGGCCCCACCACCUGGAGGCCCCCGGAGCAAGCUGUGAGAGGCUCCAAGAACAAAGAGCAAGGACUCACCCCAGCAGCUGAAAGUCGGGCUGCCUGGACGCCGGAGAGCUGCGGCCCGCCCACUCGGUCACAUGGCUCGGAGCCGAGCAGAGGAUCAAAGGGGCUUUGUGGCCUCGGAACAAGGAGCCUCCCAGAGCGUGGGGCAGAGAGGCGAAGAAGUCGAGGAGUUGCGCAAGCGCUUGCCCCAGGUGGUGGCACACUCCUGAAAUCCCAAGACAGCAUAUGCAGACGGAGUUCGGGGUUAUCCUCAGCUACAUGUGAGUUAGAGGCCCAACCUGGGCUAUAUGGGACAGUCUUCUCAACAAACAAACAAAUAAAUAAAUAAAUAUAAGGGAACCACAGAGACCCAGAGGCCAUGCCCCCAAUUUCCCUGUCAGGAAGAAGGGAGUUUCUUGUAAGGAAUGGACUCAGUGAACACAGGGCCACACAGCACGCAGACUGUCAGCACUCUCCUGCAUGACAUGCGAUGAUGAGGCCGACCCCAGGGAGCCGGACACUGGCCUGACUCUCUGAGCAUUGCCACACCCCCAUGUCUGUGGAGCCCCUAAAGCUUGGAUACGAUGAAGACCUGGGGUCGAGGAAGCUCCCCCUCGGUCCUGUACAACUGAAUUCAGGAAGCAUGCGGGCGCUCAAGCAGAGAAGCCCUAGAAAAGAGCAAGAACGGAGGGGUGACGAACACCCAGGCUAUGUCAACUCCUGUCCUUCCGGUGCCUGGGUCUCCGUGCACACACUGGCUUCCGCCCCGUGUAGAUCCUUCCAACAGCCAACUCAUCACGCUGUGUUUAUUUAUUCUAAAGUUGCAUAGAAGUACACUUUUAAAAGAAUUCAGAGAGAGAGAGAGAGAGAAAGAGAGAGAGAGAGAUGUGUGGAGAUGGAAAGAUGGAAAGACUGGCAUGAGCGGCCCUGGCCGCGCAGCGCUGAGACUGAGUUUACUGCGAGGGGGUGGGGUGGGGGGAGCCACUGACGUUCCACUCGCAUUGGCAGCCUGGGACAGACUCAAACCCCAGGUCCUCCCACCUCAGCCUCCCUGGUGCCAUGAUGACAGGUGCAUACCGCCAUGUCCAGCUGGAAAAAUACAUGUUUAAAGAAAAAAAUAAUAAUAAUGGUGGGGCUGAGGGAAUGGCUGAGUUGGUAGGAGUCUCACCUAGCUUGCUUGGAGCCGCAGGUUCAAUCCUCCCAGCACCACGUAACCCAGCAGUGCUGCAAAUACCUAUAAUCUCAGGAGGCAGGAGGACCAGAGUUCAAGGUCACCCCUGGAACAAGGCCUGGGGAAUAUAGGAGGCCAUAUCUUUAAAAAUAAUUUUUUAAAGAAUUAAAUGCUUUUUUUUCUUUUCUUACCCAAUUUAUUUGAGCACUUUAUACCUCAGAGGCAUAAUGUCUUAGG